CAGGGAUCAAAGAAACGAUUCCCAACUGGCUUCCAUCCGGUCUCCAAUAUUUGGAUCUAUCCGAUAACAAGAUUACUGGUGAGAUACCACAAUUCUUUCCGAAAUUGAAAUAUUUAUUUCUUUCGAAUAACUCAUUCUCGGGGAAUCUUUCACCAAGAAUCACAAAUACCAUGCCAAGCUUACAAUGGUUUGAUCUAUCUACGAAUAAUAUGAGUGGUGAGAUUCCCUUUUCUUAUUGUCAAUUGAGGAAUUUGGAAGGGCUUCAGCUUUCUGAGAAUAAUUUGUCAGGAGAGGUUCCUAAUUGCUGGAAAGAUUCCUCAAAUUUACUUCUUUUAGACUUAUCAAGCAACAAAUUAGUAGGUGGAGUCCCUGAAUCACUCUGUAAUUUGCAAAUGCUAGAGUCACUGCACUUGAGUUACAAUAAUUUAUCCGGGCCGAUUCCUCAUUGUUUAAAGAGUUGCACAGAACUAUCUACUCUCGACUUGGGCCACAACAACUUUAUCGGGAACAUACCAACUUGGAUCGGAGAAAGCCUAUUGUAUCUGAAGACACUUAGCUUACGCUCGAAUGCCUUCAACGGCAGUAUUCCUCGAUUAUCUUCUCUACCAUCUCUUCGUAUCUUGGAUCUCUCCAACAACAAUCUUUCAGGAACGAUACCACAGAGCUUUGGGGACUUCAGUGCAUUAAAAAGCGCUCCUACGUAUCAGUAUUGUUACUUCAACAAUUAUACUCUCAGGGUGGAAUAUAUGUGGCUCUUCAUAAAAGGAAGUGAAAUCAAGUAUACCACCUCCAAACAACUUUCAAUUGAUACACUUAUUGAUCUCUCCAACAAUUACUUAUCUGGAAACAUCCCUGAAGAAUUGGGGAAUUUGCAUGGAUUGCGAAGCUUAAAUCUAUCCGGAAAUUACCUUAUAGGUCAGAUACCAAGAAGCAUCGACGUAAUGAAACAACUAGAAGUCCUCGAUCUCUCAAGAAAUAAUCUCUCGGGUGCAAUUCCGUCCGGUUUGGCGACCUUGAAUUUCUUAGACCAUUUGAAUUUAUCAUAUAACAAUCUUUCAGGAAGCAUUCCCACUGGCAACCAAUUGCAAACUUUUACUGAUCCAUCUAUCUACAUUGGCAAUCCAUAUCUUUGUGGCCCUCCUCUGCCCAUAAAUUGUACGGUGAAUAUAGCGAAGGCCAUUGAAGAAGAGCAAAAUGAAGAUUCUUCUGAGAGCAAAAUGGAAACACUUUGGUUAUACACGAGCAUCACGCUAGGAUUUAUUACUGGAUUUUGGUUGAUUUGUGGAAGUCUUUUGUUACGACGUACAUGGAGGAUCACAUACUUUCGCGCCAUUGAUAACAUGAUUGACAAGCUAUACGUGGUGAUGGUAGUGACCGUAGCAAAAUACAGAAGGAAGCUAUGAUGACUCAUCCGACUUAAGCAAUAGCAAUGGUAUUGGUAUCGAUCAGUAUGUGAUACGCUCAUGGUUUGCAUGUCUUUUCAUAACACCGUCACAUGAUUUUAAUUUUUCUCUUUUGUGCAUACUAU